AUGUCUAAAUUGAAAGUGUUGACAACAGUGCCAAGGCGGACGCAAGCAUGGAAAGCCAGUCAGGAGAGGCGGGAAGAGCACGGGGAGGAGCAGCAACGCUCAGCGCGGAGCGGGGCGGUGCUGGGUGCAGGCACCCGAAAGCCGCCGGCUGGGCUGCUCCAGCCCCGCCGGGUCCGGGGACGCCUCGCCACUCCUCCGACCCCGGCGGCCACUUUUAAAACAGUUUCCCAAGUGCGGCUGGGACGCCGGGAGGCCAGCCGUGCGAGGGGAACCGCCGGCCCAGGCCCGGGUCCGCAGGCGGUGGCCGGGAAGCGGCGCCGGCCUCCGGGGCCUUUGUCGUCGGCCCAGGCGGCCAGCGGCACCACCAAGCGGGCCGCGCAGCCGGACGUCGGACGCGGCGGCGGCCGUAGGAGGCCGCGGGCCCGGGCACCGCCCGCCGAAGCCCGCGGCGCGUCCCUGAGGCGUCGCGGGGCCCCCAGGUCCCGGCCGGCCACAGGCGGAAACGGGACGGCGCCGCCGGCGAGGCUCGCUCGCGGGGCAGCGCGGAGGAGGGGCCUCCCGGCCGCGGCCGCCCCCCGCCUCGCGCGGCGGCUCCAACUUUCCCCCGAGCGCAGGACGCGCCUGGGCCGCGCACGGUUCCGAAACUUUGUCCGCGCCGCAGGGACGGCUGCCCGCGCCCACCCGCCGGGCGGCCCGUGUUUACCUCAGGCCGAGGGCGCGGGCCCCGCGUUGGCGGCCCCACAGCAGGUCCCUAGGUCCCGGUCACGUCGCCACCAAGCUCCCAGCGCGGACUCCUCCGUCCGCUCCGAGGCGGCGCGGGGCUCGCCGGCCGGGCCGGCAGGCGGCGGCGGGCAGGGCGCGGACCCGGCUGCGCUUCUCGCGCGGCUCGCGCUCCGCGGCUCCCCUCCCCCGCCCGGUCUGGCCGCCCCGCGCUCUCCCCUUCCGCUCCGCCACUUGUCGGCGCGCUGCGGUGACGACGGCGGCGGCCAGACGCGCCGCCCUCGGCCUGCUCGCUUGCUGGGGCCGGGCGCACUCGGCGGCAGCGCCCCGCGGGGCCGCAGGGGGGCGCCAGCAAGCCGCAGAGGGCGGCGGGCGCGCGGGCGGGCGCAGUCACGUCGCGCCGCCUCUGAACGCCGGGAGGACGGCCGCGAGCGGCGCGGGCUGCCGGGAAACGCCUUCCGCGCCCGGCGGCUCCGGCUCGGGCCUGGCGCAUGCGCGGGGCGGGGCUGGGGCGGGGCUGGCGGCGGAGCGCCGGGCCGCGGAAGGCGCUGUCGGGGCUGGGCGCGAGCAGCUGCGCGGCGUGGCUCCGCCGCCCGGAGGGCGCCGCGGGUUGGAAGGGGCGACAGGCGGCGGCCCGGCGUGCCCGGAGCUCUGCCGGCUGCGGGGCCUGCCCGGCAGGACGGCUCGCAGGCUCUGAGACCGCGCGGGGUUUGCCGCGCUUCGUCCGCGGCCGCCUCUCCGUGGGGACGGUGCGAACGGCAGCCUCGUCUACGAUCCGGGGAAGGAACGGUGGCCCGCGCGAGCAGCCUUCCGAAAGGCCGAGCCCCGCACUGCCUGAGCGACCGGCGCGUGACGGACAGCGGCCGCCGCGACGCGCAGCCUCACGUCGGUAUUUCCAGAGCGACCUUCGGUGUGGACUUUAUAUAAAGAUCUCCAUUCGUUUUCGGGAACACGUUCUCUCUUAAAAUCUGGCCUCCCAGGUGUCGUGAGCAUGUUUUUUAAGAGAAAAGGGCUCUUAAUGCUAUUGUGCUGGUCGUUUCUGCUUCCGUGUGCAAACGGAGAAGACGGUGGCGGUUUGUAAUAGGCCACAUCUUGCCUCCCCGGGGAAAAAAACAUGUUUAUUUCUGUACAUACAGCGUCCUCCCAAUUAUGUUUCCAUGAUCCUCCUACUUACGUUUCAUUAUUUUUCAUUUGCAACAUAAUGAGAUAGUUUUAAAUGAACGGUGGACUCUAAAAUGCAAGAGUGAAGACUGAUGUACCAUCACCGUCAGCAUUUUAGAUAUGAUUAUAACCAUAAAAGACACAAAUAAUGCCCUUCACAAAACAGCCUCCAACUGAAUGCCCAGUUGGUGUGCCACACUUAAAAUACCAAACGUGUCAUACAGCAACAGAAACCCAUAGUGCCACAUUUUAAAAUGAGGGUGAUCAUAUUGGUUUUGACAGAGCUCCAUCAGGAUAACUGCUGAUUGAUUUGUCAUGAACUCAGUACAAGAUAGAACUCAAAUUAAGGGGGGAGGGUCGCUGUAUAAAGACACUGGAUUAAGUGGGAAACAUGAUUGUAAUAUACACUCUGUCACUAAAGACCUUUGCAGUUUU